AUGUCCGCUGAAGAGCGUUUGCGGGAUUUGGAGCAGCAGAUGGUGCAGGCAGCGCCUGGUUUUGGAGAGGCGGAACCCCGCCUGAGUGUGGAGUGCCUGCUCGAUCUGCUGCUGUGCCUUUACUAUGAGUUCAGCAGCUCCCCGCUCCGAAAGGAUCCGAAUAUCGCCAGCUUUCUGCAGUGGGUCAGCCCAUUCGCCAACAAGCUAAAGAAGAUGCGUCUACAACGAGAGGACUUUGAGAUCCUGAAGGUCAUCGGGCGCGGGGCUUUCGGGGAGGUGGCUGUGGUGAAACUGAAGAAUUCAGAGAAAGUAUUUGCCAUGAAAAUUCUCCAUAAGUGGGAGAUGCUGAAGAGAGCGGAGACAGCCUGCUUCCGAGAGGAGAGGGACAUACUGGUAAAAGGUGACAGCCAGUGGAUCACAACGCUACAUUAUGCCUUCCAGGAUGAGCAGUACCUGUACCUGGUCAUGGAUUAUUAUGUGGGAGGCGACCUGCUGACCCUGCUCAGUAAAUUCGAGGACCGACUUCCUGAAGAUAUGGCCCGUUUCUACAUCGCUGAGAUGGUGCUGGCUAUUCAUUCAAUCCACCAACUCAACUAUGUACACAGGAUUUUGUUCAAACCUCUUCCAAGCCUCUUGAAGAUGGCCAAGAGUUUGCAAUUUUGUCCUCUGACACCCGAGAUUUUUCUGUGCCAGGUGGAAACUUCAGUAGCCGUGGGGACACCUGAUUACAUCUCCCCAGAGAUCCUGCAGGCGAUGGAGAAUGGGAAGGGCAAAUACGGCCCAGAGUGUGACUGGUGGUCUCUGGGGGUCUGCAUGUACGAGUUGCUGUUUGGAGAGACCCCCUUCUACGCAGAGUCCCUGGUGGAGACCUAUGGCAAGAUCAUGAACCAUAAGGAUAAGUUGACGUUCCCGCCAGACGUCAGCGACGUUUCUGAGGCCGCCCGGGAUCUGAUCGCCAAGCUGGUGUGCAGCAAGGAGAAGCGCCUGGGCCACAUGGGCAUUGGGGACCUCCAGGGGCACCCCUUCUUCGCCGGCAUCGACUGGCAGCACAUCCGCGACUGCCCCCCACCCUACAUCCCCGACGUCACCAGCCCCACCGACACCUCCAACUUCGACGUGGACGACGACGCGCUGAAGACGGCGGACUCGACCAUUCCUCCCAGUCGGGGUGCGUUCUCUGGGCUCCACCUGCCCUUUGUUGGAUUCACAUACACUUCCAACUGCUCACUGUCUGACCGUGGCUGUCUGAGAGAUACAUGGGCCACCACUUCACUUGACAACCGGGAAGCUGAGGCAUUCGAGAAGCAGAUAAAGCAGCUGGAGUUGGACAAGAGGGACCUGAACCACAAACUUCAAGAAUCCCUGCAAAAAGCUGCAGCUGGUCACAGCAGCUCGGGGACAGCCAGGAAAGAAUUGGAAAUCAAAAGCUUGAAAGAAGAGAUGCAGAUCCUGAAAGCGAGACUGGCAGAGAACCAGCUGGAUAACGACGAACAAGUCAAGAGGAAGAGCGAGUCUGAGAACCGUCAGCUCCGAGCCCUGGAGAAGCAGCUGAAGAUCCUCAAACAGGAGAAGGAGGACACCUAUAAGGAUCUGGCUGAGGCCCGGGAGCUACUGACCACUCGGAGCCGUGAGUUGCGUGAGGCGCAGGUCAAGCGCCAGCGGGCAGUCGAGGAGGCCCAGGAAGGGGAGGAGCGUUACUCCCAGCUCCGCCUGCAGAAACAGAAGUUGUCCCGGGAACUGCGUGACCGGGAGGAGGAGAUGGAGGUGGUGAUGGAGAAGGUGGAGAGCCUGCGGCAGGAGCUGAGCAGGGCGGACAAGAGCAGGCUGGAGUUGGAGGCGAAGAUGGAGGAGCGGACGCUAGAGGCGGUCAAGCAGGGCAAACUGUGGGAGCGCAGCGAACAGAGGAGGAGGGAGCUGGAGGAGGAGCUGGAGAGGCAGAAGCUGGCACAGACCGGGGGUGAUCCCAGCAGGCAAUGUCCUGACCCCAAGCGGGAGUUGGUGGCAGAGGAGGAGUUGGCGAAGGUGGAGAUGGAACGGAAGGUGCUGGCCCGCGAGGAGGAGUUGGCACGGUGGCAGAGUGCCCACGCAGCUGAGUUGAAGGCAGUUCGCGAGCAGCUGGCGGAAUCGGAGAGUCGGCAGCAACAGCUGGAGAGGGAGCUGGUGGCUAGCAGAGAGCGGCUGGAGAAAGCACGCAGUGAGCGGCAGUCGGAGCAGGAGGAACUCCUGAUGGAAAUGCGGGUGGCCCACGAGCAGGAGAAGAGCCAGCUGAGGGAAGAGAACCUGAAGCUGAGUGUGGAGCUGGAGCCGCUCAUGGAGAAGGUGGAGAAGCUACAGGCCACCAACAUGCAUCUGGAGGAGGCACUCCAUGCGCUGGAAGCCAGGAAGGAGACAGUGAAACAGUGGGACACCCAGAUCGUGGAGAUCAUCCAAUGGGUGAGCGAAGAGAAGGAAGCUCGGGGUUACCUGCAGUCGCUGGCCACCAAGAUGACCGAGGAACUGGACUCGCUGAAGAACAUGAGCAGCAACACCAAGCCUGUGGACACACACUGGAAGGUCCGGCGCCUUCAGAAGCUGGAGGCCUCGGCCAAGUUGGAGUUGCAGUCAGCGUUGGAUGCUGAAAUUCGAGCCAAACAAGCACUGCAGGAACAGCUCAAUGAAGCCAAGCACACAAACCUGGCUACAGAAUGCAAGUUACAGGAACUGGAGAAACAGAAUGAGUCUCUGAAGCUGGAGGUUGAGAAACUCAAGGAGGAGGUGCAGACGAAGGUGCAAAAGGCCCUGCGCAUGUUCUUCCUCUCAGAUAAGAAUCUAACUCCUUUCUAA